GCCUUUUCAUUUUUGUUUCCGUCUACGACAAACUCGUAACAGUUAACAUAAUGGUGAGCCGAAUAUGUAGCGAGUCCGUCCAUGUUAAAUAUCGUUAUCCUUGCCAUCCUCCAUGACCAUUUGCUUUGUUUCUCUGCAUGUCGUCCCCUGCUGUCCCCUCAUUCGCGCUCGACGUCCCGUUCCCCCGUCGAUGCCGUCACUCCCAAUGACGCCGUAGAGCGCGCCACCCCUCGCCGUGAUCACUCCCCGCCGCCGCGACUCGAGGCAAACACCCCGCCCGUGAACACCCCGCCCCCGACGAUCAAGCGCUCCGACUCCCCGCCCCCGACGCUAGGAAAGCGGCCCCAGGACAGGAAAUAUCGCGGAGACAGACCCAUCCAGCCAUCAGAAUAUGAGAGUGGCCGCGUCAUAUGCGAGACCUGCAGCACCAGCGUCUCUUUCCGUGACGAGAAUAACGGCGAGUUUACCCUCAAGCACUGGGAUGCUCAUAGGAUGACCUGCAGUGAGCCGAAUCCGACACCGCCGCCUCCGACAAAGCGCCGUCGUGCCAAGCGCACAGAAGACGAACGGAUUGAUUACCUCCGGAAUGACCCCUACGUCGCUCAGUUCGAGGCAUAUAGGGUGCUGUGUGCCUCGUGCGACAAGUGGAUUAGGCUCAGGCCGAACUCGACCUAUUGUAGCAUACCCUGGGACGCCCACCAACCUCCUAAAAACACCUACGCUCUCGAGCAGCGCAAUGCCGCAUUCUCAAAGGAUCCUGACGUCCGAAAAUUCGACGCUGAGCGCGUGCUAUGCGCCAUUUGCGACUGUUGGGUGCCCGUCCCUGUCCCGGAUGAUCGCAACCUUCUGGGCUCAACACCCAACCAUCAUCAUUCUUCAGCCAACCAGGGUGCUAAUUCGCCGUCAACUUCGUCACAGCCUCAACCUCAGCCUCAGCCCCAGCAACCCCGCCGACCGACAGAUUCCCCGCCAGUUCAGCCUUCGUCACAACCGCCGCCCUCGUCCACUCCUGCCCACGAGAGUAGGAGACGCAACGCCGAGCAGCGAGCAGCUACUCUUCGCGCGGACGCCCUCAUUCUCUCUGUCGAACCAAACCGAGUCUUCUGCAGCCUCUGCCAGAAAUGGGUCCAACUCCGACAAGACUCGAGCUUCUGUGCCUAUCCGUGGCUGCAGCAUCGCGGCAAGUGUUUAAUGCGGAGUCAGAAACGGGCACAGAAGGAGCGCGAACAGCGUCACUCGACUUCGGCACCGUACCCUGUCCACGCCCAUCCACCACGACCGCGCGCGGACGAGGAUGCGGAGGGGAGCUGGGAUGAAGACGUCGUCGGUCCUCGUGUCAGCGGCUCUGUGUCGUUCACACCGGCCCAACCGCCUCCCCCGCGAACCUCAUCUUCAUCGACUUCUUCCUACGUCGACUUGGAUAGCCCCGAUGGGCGGUUAUCUCAUAUCCAUACGUCGUUGAUACACCUCUUCCGGACAACGUAUUCUGUUCCUGAUACGGAUUUGACUGUGGCCGCUUUGGUUGGGUUUCUCAAUGCAGGUAUGCCGGAGGAUCGAUGGGAGGAGUUUGAUUUGCGCGAAGGUCGUGCGGGGCGUUGGUGUCUUGGCUCGCGAGGGAGGGGGGAGAGAAGGGUCGAGUUAGAGGGGGAUAUCGUUAGAUGGAGAUGAAUAUUGCAACUUUGACUAGAA